AUGUCAAUCUGUAAUUGGAAUGAAAACGGCGAAGAAUUACGACUUAUUGGUUCGGAUGAUAUAAAUGAGAAUUAUUGCCAUCGUCGUGCAGUGAGUAGUGGUGAACCAUCGUUAGAUGGAUCUGUUGACGAAGAACGUGCUGCUUUGAGUGAUUCUGAUCUUGCUGGUGCUGCAAGAAUACAGACUUUGGCAACAAAAGCAAAAGGCCCAUCCAGUGAUGCUCUUGAAAUAGAAUGUCGCACAGAGCAGUUCCUCUCUGUUCCCAAUAAUGUUCCGUGCUCUACAUCUGCAGAGGAGUGGAAUGAUAUUUUGGGUAGUGGACAAUUAUUUUGUAAGAUAUUGAAAGUUGGAAGAGGACCAAAAGCCCGAAAUGGUCAAAAGGUGACAGUUAGAGUUGUAGAUACGAAAUUUGGAAUAGACAACAUCAGCGAGAAAACAUUUAUUCUCGGUUUCAGUAUGGUUAUCGAUGCAUGGGAAAUGGUAUUGCAACUGAUGCAUGAAGGCGAAAUUGACGCCAUAAAAAGUGAGCAUCGUUUUGCCUAUGGUAGCGUAGGCGAUCCAGAACGUAAUAUUCCACCGUACCAAACGAUGGAAUAUGAAAUUGAAUUGAUCUGCAUUACCGAUGGACCACUAUAUACAACGCUGCAGACGAAUGAACUAGUGAAACAUAUCACGGAAUUAAAGGAAAGGGGCAAUUAUUUCUAUAAUAGAAAGGAAUUGGAAAAAGCAAUAUACAUUUAUAAGAGGAGUACCGAAUUGAUUGAUACUCCCGCAGAAGAUGAAACAUUGCGAAAUUUGCUCUCUGUGAUUUACUCCAAUUUGUCUGUUUGCUAUGCAAAGCUCUGCGACUGGAAGUUAACUUUGGAUGCUUCUAAUAAUGCUUUGAAUUUGAAUGCCAGCAAUACGAAAGCAUUAUUCAGGCGAGCAAAUGCCUAUGCAAGUUUGAAUUUCAUCGAAGAAGCAAUUGACACUUUGAAUAUCGCACAUCAAAUUGAUCCCAACGACGAACUUAUUGUUAGAGAACUGCGCCGUCUAAAAGCGCGUCUGAAGUUAUGCCGUGAACAAGAACGUUCGUUGUAUAAACGAAUGUUAGCUGGAACGCAGGGUGAUAAUGAACGGACGUAUUCCAUUCGUCGACUAAGGUGUUAUUCAUUGCUUGCAUUCUUUAUUGUUGUGUUUGCCUUAUUCAUUCAUUUCCUUCGUAUUGUUAUGGGGGGAUCGCUAAUAACUUCCGAAACGAAAUUAGAAUAA